CAAAGUAUCCAGAGAUAAAAUCGUUGAUGAAACCUGAUCCCAACUUGAUAUGGAUUAUCCUGAUGAUGGUUUUCAUCCAGCUGGUUGCCUUUUACUUAGUGAAAGACUUGGACUGGAAGUGGGUCGUGUUUUGGGCCUAUGUCUUUGGCAGCUGCAUUAACCACUCAAUGACUCUAGCUAUUCAUGAGAUUGCCCACAACUUCACCUUUGGCCACCACAAGACGCUGUGGAAUCGCUGGUUUGGAAUGGUUGCUAAUCUUCCCAUUGGGGUUCCAUAUUCAAUUUCCUUUAAGAGGUAUCACAUGGAUCAUCAUAGAUACCUUGGAGCUGAUGGCAUCGAUGUGGAUAUUCCUACUGAUUUUGAGGGCUGGUUCUUUUGUACCACUUUCAGAAAAUUUGUGUGGGUUAUUCUUCAGCCCCUCUUUUAUGCUUUUCGACCUCUGUUCAUCAAUCCCAAACCAAUUUCUAAUCUUGAAAUUAUCAAUACCAUGGUCCAGAUCACUUUUGACAUUCUGGUUUACUACAUUUUAGGAAUUAAAUCUUUAAUUUACAUGUUGGCAGCAACCCUUCUUGGUCUGGGCUUACACCCGAUUUCUGGACAUUUUAUAGCCGAACAUUACAUGUUCUUAAAGGGGUAUGAAACUUACUCAUAUUAUGGGCCUCUGAAUUUACUGACCUUCAAUGUGGGAUACCACAAUGAACAUCAUGACUUCCCCAAUGUUCCUGGAAAGAACCUUCCACUGGUGAGGAAAAUAGCAGCGGAAUACUACGACAACCUGCCCCACUACAACUCCUGGGUGAAGGUGCUGUACGAUUUUGUGAUGGAUGAUACCAUAAGUCCCUACUCCAGAAUGAAGAGGCCUCCAAAAGGGCAGGAGGUCCUGGAGUAAAUCUCAUCACAGCGAAGGAAUCCCCCGCGAAGCCCGAAAAUAGCCGACCCCGUGUAUUCUGCAAGGGAAGCUUCAGGCCAGCGAUGCUUGGGAGCCGCCUCACCCCACCGUGGACGAGGCUCUCCCUGGGGUCAGCCGCCCGGUGUACUUAGCCUGCCUCAUUUUUUGUGUGAUCAUCCCUGAGGGGUCUCCACCCAUGUGUAUAACUAUGUAAGCAAAUUUUUACUUUAUUAAAACAGCUAAUAAACUAACCCAUUAAUUUCAGAA